CACCCCGGGAGGACGCGCAUGCGCAUCGUGUCUCCCGGCAGCGAGCCGUCGUGUCAGUUGCUUUAACAGAGCCGCUGGCUGCUUCCCGCCCGGCCGGGGAUGCGCUGCCUGCGGCCUUGGCGCAGGGGCUGGCCGGGCCCCCCGGUGCUACUGCUGGGCGUGCGAGGGGGCGGGCCCGGCCCGGCAUGGAGGUGGAGGAGGCCUUCGCGCUGGUGGGGCAGAUGGGGCCCUACCAGGUGUAUCUGUGCGCGCUGCUGGCCGUGCUGCUGCAGCUCUAUGCAGCUACUGAAGCAAUCCUCAUUGCGCUAGUAGGGGCGACACCUCCCUACCACUGGGACUUUGAAGAGCUCUCAGCUAAUCAAAGCCAUAGCAACCAGUCAACUAAUGAAGAGAGAGCCUUUGGGGAAUGGCUUCUGACAGCCAAUGGGAGUGAAGUUCAUAAGCAUGUACACUUCAGCAGCAGCUUCACAUCAAUAGCUUCCGAGUGGUUUUUAAUUGGGAACACAUCGUACAAAGUCAGUGCUGCCAGUUCGUUUUUCUUCAGUGGUGUCUUUGUUGGAGUGAUCUCUUUUGGCCAGCUCUCAGAUCGCUUUGGGAGGAAAAAAGUCUAUCUCACAGGUUUUGCCCUUGACAUCCUGUUUGCCAUUGCAAAUGGAUUCUCCCCCUCAUAUGAGUUCUUUGCAGUCUCUCGCUUCUUGGUGGGGGUGAUGAAUGGAGGGAUGUCUCUGGUGGCCUUUGUUCUACUGAAUGAAUGUGUGGGCACUGCCUAUUGGGCAUUGGCAGGAUCGAUUGGUGGCCUGUUCUUUGCAGUGGGAAUUGCCCAGUAUGCUAUGUUAGGGUACUUCAUUCGCUCCUGGAGGACUCUGGCAGUUGUGGUUAACCUGGAGGGAACAGUAGUCUUUCUCCUCUCUCUAUUCAUUCCUGAAUCCCCCCGCUGGUUAUACUCACAAGGUCGGCUGAGAGAAGCAGAAAAUGCCCUCUAUCUCAUUGCAAAGAGGAACUGCAAGCAGAAAUGUACUUUUUCACUAAAGCUCCCAGCUGACAGGAGUCACAGAGAGACCAGCAGUUUCUUGGACCUGUUCCGAUACAAGAUCCUUUUGGGGCGCACUUUGAUCAUGAUGUUCAUCUGGUUUGUGUGCAGCUUGGUAUACUAUGGUCUGACUCUCAAUGCAGGUGACUUAGGUGGAAGUAUUUAUGCCAACUUGGCUCUCUCUGGGCUGAUAGAGAUACCUGCCUACCCAAUCUGUAUCUACUUGAUUAACCAAAAAUGGUUCGGCCGAAAACGGACAUUGGCAGCGUUCCUGUUCCUGGGAGGACUGGCCUGUCUUAUUGUCAUGUUUCUUCCAGAAAAGAAAGCCACAGGAGUGUUUGCAGUUGUGAACAGCCGUUCUUUGUCUUUACUGGGGAAACUGACAAUCAGUGCAGCAUUUAACAUUGUUUAUAUCUACACGUCAGAGCUUUAUCCUACAGUGAUCAGGAACGUUGGAAUGGGUUCCUGCUCCAUGUUUUCCCGGGUUGGUGGGAUUAUUGCUCCCUUCAUCCCUUCAUUGAAAUCCGUGCAGUGGUCUCUGCCAUACAUCGUGUUUGGAGUGACUGGCGUGUUGUCGGGGCUCCUGAGUUUGUUGUUGCCAGAAACACUGAACAGCCCUUUGCUAGAGACGAUAUCAGACCUGCAGGUGUGCUCAUACUGGAGACUGGGGGACGAAGCUAUGUCAUUGCAAGCACUAGGCGGCUCACGGUCUGCAGAUAAAGAUCGCUCUGCGGGGAGUGAAAGUGAAGAUGAAGAAUUCUAUGAUGCUGAUGAAGAGACCCAAAUGAUCAAGUAACAAGAGGAAGCUUUCCUUUUUAUGCCUUUUUUUUUUUUUUAAACUUGUCCAGCCAGGUCCACCUGUAAAAAUAAAACUGGAACUGUCUGCGGGUGAAUUAUAACAGGGCAAGUGCCUCUGCCUUUCCAGCACUGGGGGAGGAAUUAGAGUACUACUCAGAUGCAUUACAGUGGUUUGACUGGUGACCACUGCUGAUUUUUUUUUUUCUUACUCAUGAAAACCAUUCAAAUGUUUGUGGCUCAAACUUAUGAUUGCAGGCUAGGUUUGAGGCCAAAGAUGAUGGGGAGGGAUUUGAGGUAUUUCUGAAACUUGAACUUGAGAACUGAUUCAACUUGCAGACUUCCGCUGCAUGUGUUUGCAUUUUUCCUUCAAGGUGGGCUCAUGUUGAUUUUGAAGCAGCUGAAAUCCAUAAACUGGAAAGGUUUCAACUAGGCUUCUUCAGAUGGAUGAAACCUAAAGAGUUAAACUGGACACAGAAGAUACUAUAGGCCAGUAUGAUGGGAACAAAUUCUUGAAAUCCUCUCAAGUAACCUGCAGCACACUGGAAAGAAUGAACUAUGGAAUCUCCACCAGUUCUGCAUCCGCUCACUGGAAUGGAAUUUCAUACCUCAAGUGCUUAGGGAACACCAACAAAAGAUAGCUGUACUCAUUGAUGUUGUAGGGUGGAUGUCUAGAGGGGCCAUCAAAGGUUAGAGGGACCAGCUAAUAGGAAAGGGCAGAGGGACUUAAGUAAAACAAAAUCUCCAUUAUUGCUGAUCUCUUCUCCCCCUAUCUGUCUCCUCCACCCAGCCCUUGCACCUCUCAAAACAACUUCCUUUUUUUCCCUUUUAUUUUGGUUCUUUCUCACACAGGUUUGUCAUGACAGUCUGUAAAUCUCAGGAUGGCUCUGAAUUUCUGUUGCAUAUUCUGAUUGAUUUUGUGUUUGUCACUUUGCCAUGUAAGCUGAGGGACUUGUUUUUCCAUGGCAUAGAGUGAAUGUCUUACGGGAAGUAAUUUUACUUAGCUAUGUUUUGCAUUAUUGUGGGCUUUCCAUGAUUAUGGCUAUGGAGGAAAAAUGAGAUCUGCAUGCAGUGGUACAGAGUACUGAAAUUGCCUGUGCAGGCUGCUACUAGUGUCUUGGGGAUCAUUGCAAGAGGAUGCUAGUAUUUACUUUAAAAUUCUGUAUGUAGAUAAAGUUCUUUGGAAGUUUCUUGAGCCCACAUUCAAUUAAUUACUUGACCUUGCUGAGGGAGAACUGUAUUCUUUUGUUUACACUAAACUUUUUUUUUAAGUAUACUGAAAGAGAAAGAUGUUGAGUGUUUUUCCAACUAAUAGAUGCGGCCUUUUGGUACGGAUUCAAUAUUCCUAGCUGUUACAGUUGACUUCUAUAUAAUUCUUUGCAGUUUAUGGGAUCAAAUUUCAUAUUAAAAGUGUAAAGGUAGCUGGUUAUUCUAUUGGAAAAUAAUACAUGAUCAAAUAAUUGGGGAGAAGGGUGUUUACUGAACAUAUUCCAGAGUCAGAGCGAAAAACUCAGUUAUUCCGGAAGGAAGCAGAAGAUCGGAUCUGAAACUUACAGCAGGCUAUCUAAACUUUGUCCAGUCAAGAGCUGCAUAGGCAACUUUCUAGGAGCCCAAGAGUUGUAUCUCUGUUACCUGAGUGGAAUGUAGUGCUGCUAUCCUCAUCUUCAGUGCAGAGGGGAAGCCCACAAGACUACAUGUUCUAGCAUGCAGUACUCCAUCUUGAUCUGCACAGAUUGAUACAGUGCUAUGAGCACAACGGUGAGCUGUAGUGGGGUUCAGUGGUCGCUGCAGGUAGCACAUCAGUAGGGAAGAUGAAGAGGACUGCUGGCUGCAUUGUAGACAACAGUGGGACAUUUGACCAGCAGCCCACGCUUUGAUCUCUCCUGACUCUUGCACAGCUCUUGUGGAUGAGAUAGCAAAAUUAAUAGAACUUUUUAAAACUAAUCUGGAUGUUUUCAGCCUUAUUUAUACAUAGGAAAAUGACUGAGUGGAGUUCUUGGAGUUAUAAUUAAGUUUGUGUGUUGUGCUUUUUUUUUCUAGUUUGACAUUUGACACUUUAAAAUAUGGGGAUUAUAAGAAACAUGGGACGGAAAGGGUUUUUUUUCUUUUCAUUAGGUUCUUGGUGAUUUUUUUCCUCAAAGGUUCUACAUGUGCAAUAGCUCUUACUGAAAUUAAUGCUGCAGUACCUAGGAACUGUACUGAUGUUGUCACAAACCCUAUAUUUCUUAGGGGAUCAAUCUCCACAAUGGAAUCACUGCCUCUUUCUGGCUUUAAGCAGUGGAAAUAGGGACUCCUUUGUGAGACUGACUAGCGCUCUUGGCCUUGUUGGUUUUGUUUUUGCUAAAAGUCCCAAACCUGCAAAGAGAUCCAUCCAUGUAACUUUCCAUUGUUACUCCGUGUGGUUGCAGUGGUUCAGGUGGGUGGAUUUCUUUGUAGGAUCAUGGUCAAAAUUUGUGACAGCCCCUAGUUUAAGGUUAAAUGUACCUCCAUUUCAUACAAGCACUCUUAUACAUAUGAUUGCAAAACCAAGGAUGAAGAAACUUUUAUGUGAAAUAAAUUAAUUGCAGUUUUUUUGGAGACCCUUAUACUGAGUCUGUCCCGGGUUUGCACAUUCAAAGGUUGAGGACCUCCUACUGUGUCUGCCAUAGAGGCUGUUGAGUGGCUAUUUAUUUAUUUUUGGGCCAGUGAAUUGCUAGAACAGGAUCUUCCUAGGCGGUAGCUCAGUGUUCGUUGGGGUUUUUUUUGUUUUGUGUUUGUUUGUUUUUUUGUUUUGUUUUUUUUUUUUACAGAAGGAUUCUGACAAAUGACUUAUUACUCUUGCACUCCAUGUGCUUCAGUCUGGCACCUCUGGUGUUUGGGUUUGUGCUUAGAAGUUGCGGGUGGUACAAGCUGACCACCUGCUACAGAACAGAAGAAGAUUCCUGUUUCAUACAGAGAAGUCCUAAGCCAUUGUGGCAUCAGAUACUUUGCCCUAGUUAGCAUUUGUUGUGCACAUAUGAUGCACAGCAUUUCAUGGCAAGUAUGGACAGCAUACACUGUAUCUAGGCAGACCAAUAUUGCUAAGCAGAACUCUUCAGAUUGACAAUGCAUGCUGUUCUGAACUCUGCAGCUAGUGCCUGUUUUAAUUAGACCCCCAAGUCACAACAUUUGUAUGGCUACCCUACCUCCAGGUAUAAUCUAAUGGUUCAGAGCUGGCCUUAUUCUGAUUCUUCCCAUGUAUGGGCAGCACGUAUUGGACAUCUGCCCAGGGAAACUUGAAUAUACACCAGAUCAAAAAGAAAAGUAUCACUGUUAGUGACACUAAAAUAGCACUGAUGAUCUGACAGAUUUAAUCCUUGCAAUUCUUGAUUGAAGUUUGACAAAUGCUCUCCCCAUGCUUAUUUUAUUCCAUUGUUGCUAGGCUAACUUUACAUAAGUGAUCUGCACUAUUCAGGGUUCUUGGUCCUGUGUAGACAUAAGAAUAAAUCCAAGUUGGUAGCUGUCAGUCUCUUACCUAUAUAUCCUUGUUUUGUAGAAGUUGUUUUUCAGCUGGGUCUCUUUAUGGGGCUCUACUGUAGAGAACUGAGACUUUCCCACAGCAGAGAUCAGGUCAGCACUGCUUCCAGCGAGACCCAUCUUCUUACCAUUUCCCAACUCUGUUAUCAGGGUAUGGCAGGGGAUGUGCUCUAAGUUCUAGACCAUGUUGACUUGGUCAAGCAAAUUCAAGAAAGAAAAAUGUUAUGGAAGCUAUGGCGUUAGCUUCUCAGUUUCGUUUAUUUUAAAACUGUAAUACAUUCAUGUCAGUAUAUCAGUAUUAUGGGCCCAAUUCUGGCUGGCAGCACAUACACCAAAAAAUCUGUGUGCAACACAAGGAUUGUAUGGUGGAAGUUAGCAUGUACAUGCAUGCCUCUGGGUGGACCAGCUAAGUCUUUAUGCACAGCUCUUCUUACAUUAAUUAUUUCUAGUGCAGGACUAUGCAUGUAACUGUUUUGAGUUUCAGUACUCUAUGAAUUCAUUGUAGGGUAUAAAGAGUGAAAGAAAGGUUCUUAGAUGGAGAAAUCGCUAUUAUUAUAGAAAUCAUAUGGAAAGGGCUUAUUUGAUAUUGUAGCUCUUUCACCUCUAGCAUCCAGUGCAGCAUUCUUCAUUACCAUAUAGUUGCCAGUGCCUACUCCAAUCUACUGUAACCUUCAGAUGAUCCAUGUGAUAGGACUAUUCCAGUCUAAUAGAUGUUUUAAAAAGUUACCUUGAAAGUCAGCCUAAAUUUAUUUACUUUUUUUCAUCCCCUCUCUCCUACUGAUAGCUUCUUGAAUCAUCCUAAAAUAGCUUUGAUUGCAAACCUAGUGAAAAAUACUAAGAAAAUAUAAAUAGGGAAUCGAUUUUUGUUUUACUUUGAUUCAUUUGAACUGUCCCUAGUGCUAAAGUGCUUUUAAGUGUCCUCAAAUCAGUUUGGACUGGUGCUAUCCGUAGGUAAUUCUACGGAAUUGGUAUAAGCAGUUGCCAGAUUUCUAAGCUGGAAUGAAAUAAUGUCUAAAACUAAUUCUGUGUGUUCAUUUGGAAUUCUUCCAUGUGACCGGAUAAAACUAGAUUUACAAGCAUCUCUCCAUGGAUCUUUAGGACAGGAAAAGGGAGAACUACCUUUGUUCAUGCCUUAAUGCUCUUUGCACUUUAAUGACCAUUGUUUCUGAAACCCUUCUCACUGCUUGCAGAGACAGUAAUUAGCCAAAGAGAUUAAUAUUAAAAAACAAAGUAUAGAAUUUGCAUAACAUGAAACCGUUGCCUGUCUCAUAUAUCAUACACAAGUCUGCAGGGUCUUAUUUUAUUGUAAAUAUCAAAGCUCACUCUUCAAGAUCAGGAUAAACAAGAUAAGACCACUUGCUAGAAUUUGUUAGUUCACUCAUCAGACUUUUAAGAAAUGUUAAUUGAAGGCCACAUGGAGUUUAUAGAAUGAAGUAGAUGGUUGAACUGGUAUAUUUUAAUUAAGGGCAGUGUUAAGUUUUAAAAUGUCUACAAGAGAGUUCAGUUUCCUUUUGGAACUGUUUUAAAAAAAAACUUAAAUUCUGGUGGCAGCAUGUAUGCCAGCAAAAAUGCAGACAACUGCUGGAAUGCACAGCAGGAGCUGGCUGCUUCCUGUCUCCAAAAGAUUGUAAAGAGAUUCUGUACCUCCAGGUGGUAAAUGGAAUGGGACAAAGCCAUGAGGUGGCAUAAUUCACACCUUUAUGUGGAUACAUAUAACAUGGCUGCCUGGACCAAUCACUGUUCCCUUUUGUAUAUCUGCCCCUCAAUUACAAAUAGUGCAUGAGUCUCUAAAACAAAAUAUUACUGCUUCCCAGCCAACUUUGAUAUACUGCUCAGAUUCAUAGUCAAUCAGGAGCCAGAUAAAGUGUGACAACAAUAGUAAUCAGAAUUUCUGAUUACUAAAUGGAUAGAUUAUAUUUACAGAAAUACUAAACAGCUGUAUUUGAAUGGUGCAGUAUCCAUGAAGCCUUCUAAAUUCAUGAAGUGUUGCUCAGAUUUUGGCCUUAAAUGGUUUUAAAUGAUCAAUAAAAGUUGAAAGGCUGCUAAGGAUUUAGUUGGGAUCUGUGUAUAAUCUGAAAAGAGCAGAACUUUAUGGAAAGAUUUGGUAUUGUCAACACAUUAAAAAUACAAUUUACAGUAUAUCGAAGAAUAGAAUACUUUAGGGAAAUGCUAAUAACCUAUUUUCUUCCCUUAGAAUUUCAGGUGAGUCUCUAAAUGGUCAGUCUUUAAUUCCAAGGAAAAGUGAAAUCAAAACCUUUUUUUAUAUGUUAUUGAUGAAGACUGAAUGAGAUGCAGUCAUUGUGCAGGUAUAAUUUUUGCUUUAAGAAGAAAAUUUUUAUUGCACAGCGUACUUAAUGGUAGCAGCUUUUCCUUCCUUGAGUUAAUAACAUUGGAUUUUUUUUAAGCUACCUCUUUCCAUUAAUCUUUAUUUGGUACUGAAUAUUACAUUAAAGAGAUUUUAGGAAACUAUGGGAAAAAAUAGUUUCCAUUGUUUUGUUUGUAUGCUGCUGGUGAUCCACUGAUUAACUUGAAACGGGGAAGGACUUAUGGCUUUAAUGCUUUUUACAGUGAGUUUUGAAUAGUGAAUGUAAGUACAAGGGUUGUUUUGGGGUGGAGUGGGGGGUAGUUUUAGAAGGGUGGAACAACCAUGGCUGUCAUUGGUGAUGCUCUGCUCUUCUGCAAACCAGGCCUUUACUGUGCUGAAACCCAUCUGUUGGGCAAAAGACUGUACGCUCGCACUGUCUUGUUUCUCCUUGCUCUUAGCCUUUCAUAAGCAGUUAAUUAUUCGCAUAGGACAAGCAAAUGAAAUUCCUGAACAGAGGAUCAAAUUCUGCCCUGAGUUACCUUUACACAACCCCACUGAUUUCAACUUCAGUCAGAAUUUGGACAUUACCCUGACAGAGGAGCAGCUAAGUGGAUGAACUUUGUUUUUUCAACAUAAGACCAAGUUCAUUGCCAGUAUAACUCCCAUUGACUUUAGUGAAGUUGUACCUGCUUAUACCAGGAUGGAAUUUGAUCCUACAUUCAGAAGUGCUUGUCAGCCUGUUGGUUAAGCAAAAAGAUGUCUGGUGGUUAGAGGGGUUGGGUUUUUGCUUGGGCCAUGUACCCAGGCAGAAAGUUUUAGAUGUUUGUUUUAUGCAAUGUGUGGGUAUAUAUUUUUUUAAUCCUUGAUUUGGACUUCUUGAGCACUGUGUGUACAAGGCCUUUCAGCAUAAAUAUGUGGAUUUAUUGAAUUUGGAAGUUGUCCUUCUGUCAUCAUCCUCUGAGUGCCAUUUCUAGUUCUCAGUUGUACGGUUAAAGCCUGUGGGAUUGUUUGGGUUUUUUUUUUUUAGAACACCAAGAAGUCACCAUUUGUUCAAGCCUCAAAACAUUUGUUUCCCUAACAUAUGUCUUUUGUAAUGGUGGCAUUCACUUACACAGUGUGACUAAGUGCUGGGUCCGUCUCCUUUUAAGACGUUUGCCACAGAAGACUAAACUGUUAUAACAAAUGUAAAAAUAUUCAGAACAACUAAGACUCUCGUCUUCUGUCUGGGUUGUUUCUGUAUUUGAUGCACAUUGUUUGAUCUAUAGCUGCUGUAAUUCACUGGAGCUCUGCAAGGUAAAACCAGCAAGUUGGUUCAAGUUUGGAACCUUUUGCAAUGUGAGAUUUUAAAAAAAGGACUCCAUUAAAAUUUUACACAUUUUAAAGCUACUUUUCUCCCAAAAUGUAAUAACACUAUUUAGCCAGAAAUCAAUAUGGGAUAUGCUUUACAUUCUGGGAGAUGUUAAUUUAUUUCUGGGUGACCUUUUGAGCAUUUUUAAGAUCUUAAUCUUUAAGAUUUCGUAGAUAUUUGUCUGCCAUGGCAUGGUAACUUUUAAGUAAUUUGUAAAAACUCUGAAACGGCCUCUGACUCAUACAGUUCAUAUAAAUGUCUUUGUCGCUUACUUUGUGCCUUUUCUUUCACUAAUGCAAGCUCUCUCAAUAAACAUCAGCUGUUCUGGA